AUGGAGGAAUCUGUAAUUCAGGCUCUUUCAGUGAGUUUAUCAUUUGAUAAUGAAGCUAGAAAGAAGGCUGAGGAGCAUUUGUCUUCACUAAAAACCUCUCCAGGAUUAAUCCCUAUCCUGGUAAAAAUUUCUUUCAGUGAUUUGCUAAUCGAGGUCAGGCAGCUUGCAGUCAUUUACCUUAAAAACCUCACAAAAGUUUGGAAAGAUUCAAAGAGGGAAUUUCCAUUGCCAGUCGAGGACAAAAACUACUUAAAAGCUAAUAUAAUUUAUUGUCUAAGAUUUUCGACUAAAGAAAAACUUACUUUUCGUUAUUAAAAAAAAUUAUAUUUAAAAAUAAAAUUUUUCACAAUAGAAUUUUCUAUCGAAAAAGUUAGAUCGCAAUUUGAAGAAAUCGCGUUCAACAUAUGUAAGGCUGAAUUUCCAUGGGAUGAAAUAUUAGUUCAAAUAGACGCUGAGCUACAAUCUAAUGAAUACAACAGGAUUUUUUCUGGAAUUAAUAUGAUUCAUCAAAUCUCUAGAGUCUUUGAAUUCGUGAUGAACGAAAAAAGAAAAGACUUAAAAUCUUUAGUGUCAAGGUAUUUUCCAGUACUCGAUGCAAUCUUGAACACCAUCAUUUUUGAAAAAAUCGCCAAAAAUGAUACUGUUUUGCCUCCAGAACUUCUGAGCUUCUGUGAGCAAAAUUUAUCAAAUCCUUCCCAGAGCUUUUUCUGGAGCUGCGUUAUAUUGAUUUUGCAAGUUUAUUGAGAGUGUUUUUAUAUAGAACUCUCUGAUGAUCAAUAUAUCCCUGCUGCGCUAGACAGCUGACUGACUAAAUUUAAAGCAAUUUUAGAAAUCGACCUAGGAGAAUUAGAAAAUCCUAUAUCAGAUGAGCAUCAAAUUCACAGUACCGAGUCUUUAUCUCCAUGGAUUUCUAAAAGAUGGGCGGCACAGAUUGUCCAUAGGACUUUUAAUCGAUAUUUUAACCUUGCCCACCUAAAUGGAAACUCAAAACUUAUGGGAGAAAAUUUCCAAAGUAAAUGGGCUUUGCCAUUUUUUGAGAUCAUUUUAGCAGCGAUUUUUAAAAGAGCUACCAAUUUUGUGCCUAACUUGGUCGCGAAUUAUUAUAUUAAAUAUAUUGCUCAGGCUGUGAAAUUUCCACUUACUUGUGAACUGCUUAAAUCCAAACUUAUAAAUUUUACUAUAAAUCAAACAGCAUAAUUUAUAUAAUUUUUUUUUUUUUUAUAGGAUAAAGUCUAGGGAAUGCUAAUUUUUUAUAAAAAAAUAUUGCAAUAAAGCAUACAAAUUCCAAUCAAUUAGUAAUUCAUGCAUUAGUAACUGAUAUAAUUGUCCCUUCUCUAUAUAGAGUUAAAAGUGAUGAAGAACUGUGGAUUGAAAAUCCUAUUGAAUUUAUUAGAAAAGAAAAUGAUUUAUGCAAAGCGUUUUAUUCUGCAAAAAGCUCAGCGAUUGAGCUACUAGUGAAUUUAGCACAAAAAGGGUAUUUAAUACAAUUUUUAGACUAUGCACUUAGAGAGCUGCAAAUAGGGCCAGAUUUAAUUAAAAAAGAAGCGAUUAUGCUUGCUGUUGGCUCUUUACAUGAACUAAUAAAAUCAAAUGAUGCACUAGCUAGUAGCAUUCAGAAUAUUUUGCAUAGCUUUAUUGUGCAAGAGUUUGACAGCCCGAUCGGUUUUUUGCGAUCAAGAACUUGCUGACUGUAUGGGCAGCUAGCUAAAUGCCCAUUCACUGAUAAAGACCAUCAGAAAUUUGUGCUUCAAAAAAUAUGCUCUUUGAUGCAAGACCCAGAAUUACCCGUCAAAAUUGAAGCUGCAACAGCUUUACCCAAAAUUUUAUACUAAAAAAUCCUAAUUUUAACAUUAAAAAAAUUGACUUUUUAUUAAAAUAAAAAAAAUAAUUCAUUAUCAUUUAUCCAAAACCCACCAAUUAUUCAUAUAUAUCUAUCAUAAUUUGGGACGUUUCUAAAGAAAGUAUCAGCAGCGAAAUCAAUGCAUUACUCCACAUAUACAAAAACAUCAUGAACGAAAUAGACUCAGAAGAGCUAAUUGACGCUCUAGAAAACAUAGUUAGCCAAUUUUCGACUGAUAUAAUACCAUAUGCUAUAGAACUUGUUGAACAUUUAUCUCAAGCUUUUAUGAGGAUUGCUGAGAAGGUCGAAAACCAAGAAGAUUUAGAAAUUUCUUUAGCUGGGUCUUCUAUACUUAAUACUAUAUUGAAGAUUAUUGAUGUGCUUGAAGAUAAACCUGAAGAUUUAUUGAAAACUUCUCUGUUUAUGAACCCCAUUUUUGAUUUUUGUUUUAGCUCAAAAGGAAGUGACUGCUUUGAAGAGGCUUUACAUAUACUUAAUAGUUUGUUGUAUUUGGCGCCUCCAGAAAGUUUGGGACAUUUGUGCAAUUAUCAUAUGCUGUUGAAAGUGUCGAUUAUGGGAGAUGGAAAUAUUAAACCGUAUGGAUUGGAGUAUAUUGAUGAAAUGUUUUCGGUAUUUGGAAAUUAUCCUGGGCAGGCUAAAUAACGAUGACCCCCCCUCAAUCUUCAUGUCUAUUGCAACAAAAAUUUUUCGAAAAAAAUUUUCAUGCCUACUGCAACACAACAUUUUUAUAAAAAAAAAUUAAUGCAUUUUUCUCUAGGAGAGUUUCUCAAAACCCCAUAAAACAGCGCUGCUGUAGGCGUGUCAAUGACCUUCUCAUCGAGAUUUGGACGGCUAUUGUCAUUGCUCGCCGUUUUAUUAAACUUAUCUAGCUAAAAAGUACAGAAAAAUUUAAGAUACGCAUCUAGAAUUUGCUGCAAGAAGAUUAGGAUGAUUACAGACAGGCGCUAGCCAUAUUGGUGACACAGUCACCAAAGACCUCCCGUGCAGAAGGUUCUACCGCUCUUCGAUUCCAGCCCAGAGGGUCUAUUCCUCUUACUAGUGCCCUUCCGGUACCUUCUGUCUCCUCCUUGCUUGCGGCUUCAGUCUUGAGUGGGCGGCUUAUGGAUUUCUGCGUCCCUGCUACGGGCAAUUUGAGUAACUUGAUUCCAAGGAUCAGCUCCUUAGAGUCUAUCGGGUGUCAAAGUACCUUCCUUCUGCAGCUACACGAAAAAGACUGUUCCCCUGUGGCCUGGGCAAAAACCCCAGUUUCUCGGUAGAGGAAUGCCCAUGGGUCCUCGGAUCAAAAGGACGUUUUUGAGCGCAUCUAUUUCCAACCACAGGAAAGCAGCCAAAACCUGCCCGGAUAUACACUUCUUGAGCCUGCGUCUGAUUCUCGGCUCGGGGUCUGUCCCAGUUCGCAUUGGCAGGCUGACACGUGUCGCCAUUUUAAUAUAUAUAAUUUGUUGCAAGAGACAUGAAAAUUAUUAUUUUUUUUAUAUAAAAUUUUAUAUUAAAAAAAUUGCAUUUUUGUUGCAAUAGACAUGAAGAUUGAGGGGGGGGGUCAUCGUUAGUUAAAAAAUUAUUUCUAUAAAUGAGAUUUUUUAAUUAUAAAAAUAUUUUACUACAAAAUAGUAUACAUAGCAAAAUAUAGCCAAGCUAUAGCGAAUUUACAAGUUUUCUUUGAUAUUGCUACCUUUCUGAUAGUAAAAGAUGAGGAGGAAGACAUUAUCAUGGGCUGCAAAAUUUUCAUAUCAUUAAUGGAAAACAGGAAAGGGCUUAUUGACAGUGCACUGCCUACAAUAAUUCAGAUGAUUUAUAAAUGUACACAAGACUCGUCUAAAAAAGUAAAAGUAAUAGGAUGUGAAAGUAUAUGUGUAGCUAUGUGGAAUAAUGCCAUUGUAACUUUACAAGCUUUGCAGCAGCUAAACGUCUUAAAUGAUCUUUUUAAGCUUGCUUUUGAAAGCGUAAAUCAAUAUAAAGAGCCUAUGUCAAAAACUCAUGUAAUCUGUGGAAUUUGCUCAUUGUUCUUAAUCCUUAUUAAGUCCUAUAUUUAUUUUUUUAAUUUUUUUAAAAAUAGCAUUAAGGGAUUUCCCAAAAAAAUUUUUUCUUAGUUAGUAACUGAACAACUCCCACCAAUAAUUUUCUCAAAUUUAUCAUUAAUUUUCAAAAAAUUGAUAUCCCUAUGGAAAGGAAUAGAAAACAAUUAUAAUGAAGACAUAAAGGCAGAAGCCAAAGAAUUCAAUGAAUGCGGAACUUUUGUAGACUCGGAAAAGUUUGAAGCUGAGUAUAUGAAAUUAAUAACAGAUUUACGAAAUGUUAGGCAGCAAGAAGAAAGUGACGAAAGUGAUGAUGAGGACUAUGGAAUUAAUACAGGGCCAGAAGAUAUGUAUGAUUCGCCGUUUGAAAUGAUGGACAUUGAGAAGUUUAUUAAGAGCUCAUUAGAAGAUUUGUCAAGAAAAAACCCAAGCUUGUAUGGAAGCAUAAUGGGAAGUUUGAAUGAAGAGGAAUUGGGAAUGUUGAAUGAAUUAAAUAGCAGUAGUUAA